AUAGUAGCUAUAAAAAAUACAACACGGAAAUUUGUUAAAUGCUUUAUAAAGAACAUUCAUAAGAAAAAAAAUAGCCAUUGAAAAUCGUUCCAGCAAUUAUUAUUUUGCAAAUAAUAAAUCAUCGAUUUAUAUUACAUACGAAUUUUACGAGCGCUUCCAUUUGCCGAGUCACGUGGGAACAGCAGCCAAUGGCGCGCGUCGAUAAUAUGGGUCACGUGAUAGACUGUCGUACGCCAAGUACAAUACGCGUUCGCAAGGCGAGACCGUCAGUCUACGUUAAGGCGUGUAAUAGUGCGUAUCUGUCGUGCGAAGUUUUUCAUUCCGUGUAUUUUUCCCGUGCGUUUGAAUGUGUCACGCUAGUUAUCUAAGAUUUUGCGAUUGAUUCUUCACAUUUAUUAUACGAAAUUAUCAUUGUUACGAUCUUAUCAAAGAAAAUAAAAAGGUGGCACACGAUGUUCUCGAUAAACUGUUUACGAUUGGAAUUCUAAACAGCUUCGAGGACGUAUGACCAAGACAUAGCAGUCUACAUUGAUUCUGAUUUCAGGAAUCUCCGUGAAUAAUUAAACGAUAAUUAAACUAAAGAAUUUACAUUUAACAGCUGUAAAUUAUUUAAUAUUGCAUUUAACGUUGUUCUUGAAGAUCGACAUAUAAUAGAAUACUAGGAAGAGGCAAUGGGACUUCGUCACGAAGCAGUCACACGCAUGAAAAAACAAAAAUAAAACCAAUACGCAACUAACAAUGACUUAUAUUCUCAAUUGAAAAAAGAACCAAAUUUGUAACCAUCGAUUAAAUCACAUAUUUUGUUAAGUAUUGAAUAAUGUUUGUAUUAUUUAUAAGUAUUGUUUAUAAAAGGAUUUCCAGAAUGCUCCAGAAGAUUUUAAAUGGAUCAAAACUUCUUAGACGAUUUUAAAUAUCAAGUACUUUUUUUUCGAGAUUUUUGAUGCUUUAAAUUAGGCUGACAUUCUUAUCAUUCUUAGCAAGUAGUUAUACAAUCAGAAGUAAAAAAUUAGCUUAAAAAAUUUCGAAAGAAUAAUUGAUUUUUAAAAUCACCUAGGAUCUUUUAAUCCAUGAAGAGUGUAUAAUAUGUAAUAAUGGAUAUUGUUUUCAUAGUAAAAACUAUAAAAACUGUAAAACACUUGUGACCUUGAUAACUGACUGGUUGUGCACCGAGAUGUAGUUGAAGUUUCUUUCAUAGUUCAAGAAGCUCGAUUCUUUGAAAUAGUACUUAUUAUUAUUAAAGCCGAAUGAAUGAGUGUAGUUAGAAACUAGUAUUUUUCGUAGAAUGAAAUAACACGUGUAAUCAUACACAUACAUACAUAGAUAUGUCAUCAUAUGUACGUAUCGAAUAUGAUCUAUAUAACAACCAUAUUCACGAGAUAUUAUAAACUAACGUUUACUUCGUAUAAUCUAUGCGAGAACAAGAAGAAAAAUCACAAAAUACAAGGAAAAUAAUUUUCUCGUCUAUUGUUUUCCUGCGUUUAAAAAAAAUAUCGAAUGUUCUACAACGACAUUAUGGGUAUGUUUCAUUGUAAUUCUAUUUCUCUCUUUAACCUUUAUUUUUUGUUAGUCUUUCAUUUUAUUUAUUUGUUUUUCUUUCUUAAUACCGAAGAAGACAGAUAUAUAUGUAUUUCAGAAAUUUAUAGGUUUAUUGAUCACUUUUAGAAAAUUGUAAGUCGCAAUCAUUAUACCGAUCUGUGACCAAUUAAAAUGACCGAUCAAGAUCGAUAAUCGUCACGUAGAUAGUAACUUCUACGAGAAACGAGAUAUAUUCUUCUUUUUCUACUUUUUCUUUUUCUUCUCCUUUAAUCAAUCAUUGAAACGUUCGCGGUUUUAUUUCACGAUUAUAAGAAUACAAAGUAUGUAUUUUUAAAUAAAUGCAAAAAAUUAAAUCUAGUCUUGAUAAUCAUAUAUAAUCCGUAGAAAUAAUUAUAUAUUAGCUUUUACUGAAGUAACUUCGUAUUGUAAUUGUAAAGAGGAAAAUAAAUGGACAAUUCUCGAAGACGUUUUUUAAUUUGACUUGUCGACGAUCGUCCUCAACAGGAUUCUUCGUAAAAUCGAAUCGUUCACCGAAUGAGAGACUAGAGACAACCUUGAAUUUGCUUGGCUAUCUUUCUCGACCUUUUCGACAUUAUAUACGAUGUAUAUUUGCUCAGGAGUCAAGUUAAAAUCGAUGAUCGUAUUCAACGAAAUGUGUUUAUAAUUACCGUAUCUUGACAGUGAUUUAUGAAAUAAGGGACAUUUCGAUGUAUAAGAAUCUUUUUAAUAAAUCCAUCGACACUUUUGUUUUUGUUUAUAAUUUCUUAUCUAAUCAGUUGCGAGUUUGCAAGUCAAAGAAAAGAUUAAAAAAGAAAAAAAAAAGAAAACAAAAUCACAAAAGGUCACAGUACUGGUUAAAUUCCAGGAUUUUCGUCAAACGAUUAAGAAAUAGAAAAUUAUCGACUAUCUCGAUAGAUAGGAUGAAUAUGUAUGUAUGUGUAUAUAUGUAUGUAUCUAUGUAUAUAACUCGUUAAUCGUAUCAUACUUUCUCUCGUCUUUAUAUAAUAAAAUUAUGGCGUAAUUACUCGUUGGCUCUUGUGACAGUCGUUAUGCCUUUCAACGUGAAGAAAAACAUCGUUUAGUUAAAAAGAAAGAGAACCAAGAGUAACAAGAGAAAAAAAAUAAGACGUGGAUCCCGAGAUCAUAGAUAACGUACGAUGAUCAUCACAAUCUGGUUAAUUUUUUUCCUUGCGCUCUCAACGACCAAUACUAUUGCUUCUCAAUGUAAAGGAGAUCAGAAUUGCACAUGCCAGCCAACUUAUUCGAACGAGAUUGAAAUUUAUUGCCAAGCUGAGAAUAAUUCGGAAUUCAUCUUAAACAUUCAUCCAAAGGAUUACUUACAGAUAACUUGUCAAAAUUGGGAAAGAUGGGAAAAUUUUCGUUUUACGAGCACACUACCUGGAAAGGAAUUAAAUUCACUGCUCUUCCGAAUAUGUGGAUUAUCAAACAACGUCAGUUUAGGAGAUGUGGCCAAACAAAUGGGAGUGGAAACCGUCAACAGCCUUCUCUUUCAAUCAUUCAAUAAUCUUGGUGACACAUUAACGAGAAAACAACUUCAAGGUUUUCCUAUGGUGAAAAAAUUAAUAUUGUCUAAUAAUGGUUUCUCGAAAGUCCCAAAGGAUUUGUUGAUGGACUUUCCCGAAUUAGAACGUCUUGAUCUGCAUGAAAAUCAUCUCGAAUUACCACUUGGUAUUUUCGAUUUCACUCCGAAACUUAAAGAACUCGAAUUAGGUAAUAAUGGAAUGAAGACGAUCAAAGCUGGGAUGUUUGAUAAAUUAGAAAAACUUAAUUUUCUAAAUAUUUGGGGAAAUCAAUUGACGGAAAUCGAAACAGGACUGUUCGACAAAUUAAUCUUAUUACAAUCAUUGGAUCUAAGCAGGAAUAAAUUAGUGACAUUAUCACCGAACGUUUUUGAUGGAUUAAAGAAACUAGAGAAACUUCAUCUUUCUUUUAAUAAUUUCUCUUCCCUACCGGAAGGGUUGUUUAGUCAGAACAAAGCAUUACAAACAGUAAAGUUGAUCGACAAUCACAGGAAUUUGACCAGUUUACCUGACAAUCUUUUUGCAAAUUUGACGAAGCUCGAACUGGUCUUGCUGAAAAAAAAUGGAUUGAGAAUUCUACCAGAAAAUUUAUUCUGGGGUGCGUCGUCGUUGAAAAAUAUUAGCUUAGAUAGUAACUUCCUUGUUACUCUACCAAAGAAUAUCUUUAAAGAUCUAGAAAAUGUUGAAAAACUCGAAUUGAAUUUUAACAAUAUUGUAACUCUUCCUGAUAAAAUCUUUUACGACAUGAACAAAUUGAUUAAACUCGAUUUGUCUAUGAAUCGUAUGGUUUCUAUAUCUCGGCAUCUAUUCGACGGCUUGAAGUCCCUAACCGAACUGAACAUGGAAAAAAAUAAAUUAAAAACUAUUGACAGUAACACUUUUACUCACGUAAGAAAUCUACGAAUUGCUAAAUUCUCUCACAACGAACUUAUGUUGAAUUCAUCCGAAUAUCAGAAUGUUAAUCUGUCACCUUUUUAUAAAUGUGAUUUGCUAGAGGAAUUAUAUUUAUCCAACAAUAAUAUAUCAGAAAUAUACAGCGAUUGGUCAAUAAGUGCCACGAAUUUACAAUUAUUAGAUCUCAGUUACAACGAUAUUAACAUCAUAUCGAUGGAAGAUUUGCAAUUUGUGUCGAACAAAAUUAAAGUCAAUCUGAGUUAUAAUAAAAUAAGACACAUUUUAUUGGGCCAAGCCGAAAAUAUUGCGAGUUUUCAAGAGACUCCACGAGACGUGAUUAUUCACGUCGAACAUAAUCCCUUACUCUGUGAUUGUAAUUUGUACGAAUUUUUGCGUUUUCUCGAAGGUAGAAUGCACCCAAACGUUCAAAAUUACUUUCACAUUAUAACAGGAAAUUUAACGUGUAUCGAACCAAAUGGAGUGGACGAAAUAGAAAUUAGUCGAUUGCAUUCAAAGACUUUGAAAUGUGUCGAGGAAGAACACUUGUAUGUUAAGAGCAAGUGUCCAAUUGGUUGUGUUUGUUGGAUAAUACCGGAAGACAAAACUCGUUUGAUAGAUUGCUCGUAUAAAAAUUUUUCUGAACUAUUGAUCGACAAAACAGGAAUGAACAACCUGAAACCGGUUAAAGAUUAUCAUAUAAAAUUGAAUAUGACCGGAAAUACAUUAACAGAGAUACCGUCCAUAGAACUUUUAGGAUCAGAAUAUGUGACGGAUUUAAUUCUGUCUAAUAACAAUAUUAUCAAAAUUUCACUUAACAAAUUGCCGAAAAAUCUCCAAGUAUUAGAAUUGGAUAAUAACAAUAUAUCUAGGAUUAAUUUGGAUGUACUGGAUUACUUAAAGAAUUCGACUUCACUGAAAAAACUUACUUUGCAUAAGAAUCCAUGGAAAUGUGACUGUGAUGCACGAGACUUACUUAGUUUUAUUCAAUCGAAACUAAUUGACAUUCCAGAUUUAGGAAAAGUCACGUGUAAUAACAAGAAUAUUUCUAUGUUGGAAAUGACCAUUAAUGAUUUUUGUCCGGUCGAGACGGUGAUAAUCGUUGGCAUAAGCUUUACGAUCGCAUUAUUGUGUCUGUUUAUCGGUGGGCUAGUAGCACUGUAUUACAGAUACCAACGAGAAAUUAAAGUUUGGUUGUACGCCCGUCAAUUUUGUUUAUGGUUCGUCACAGAAGACGAAUUAGAUAAGGACAAGAUAUACGAUGCGUUUAUAAGUUAUUCGCAUAAGGACGAAGAAUUUGUUGUAAACGAGUUGGUACCAAAGUUGGAAAGUGGUUCAAGACCGUACAAAUUGUGUUUGCAUUAUCGUGACUGGCUAGCGGGUGAAUGGAUUCCAACACAAAUCACACGUUCAGUGGAACAAUCGAGGAGAACGAUCGUUAUAGUGUCCCCUAACUUCUUAGAAAGUGUUUGGGGUGCGAUGGAAUUUCGUGCAGCUCAUAGGCAAGCUAUGAGCGAAGGUAGAGCCAGAGUCAUAUUAAUUUUAUAUGGUGAUAUUGGUCCUACGGAUAAUUUAGAUGCCGAAUUCAAAGCUUAUAUAAGUAUGAAUACGUAUGUCAAAUGGGGUGAUCCAUGGUUCUGGGAUAAGCUGAGAUACGCGUUACCACAUCCGCCAGAACUUACAAGAAAUUUAGUUAAAAAGAAAAUCUUUGAAAAACAUUAUCCCUGUAUACAAAUCAAUGCUGAAAAGAAAGAAUUGAUAUAUCCAUUUGGAAUCCUUGAUACAUCACCAGCUGUGACUACUCCACCGGCGGAUUCACUUAAAGUGUUCAUAUGUGACCAAAAUGACAAAGAUCCUUACGUGAAUAGCGAUGAGAAUGAAAUAACUAAAUUGAAUGACAGUAACAGAUUCAACAUCGUACCAGAAUGCGAAGCGAUCCAUAUAAACUUGAUCAAUAAAAUCCAAUGCACUACUGUUUGAUUCUAAAAUAAGUAAUAUCAAAAUGGUGCAAUGUCAAAAUCACGCCUGUGAGAUAUUUCUCUAAGUUAUUUGAAUUGUCUGUGUAUUUUAAUAGUUUUUAAAAAACAUAAAUAAGUUUGAAUUUAUUCGAACUUCGACUGAAAGGACUGAAAUCCAAACAAUGUAAUCGUAAUAUUAAUUAUUAGUAUAACUUUUUUUAUCAUUAUAUUUUUUUUUAAUGAAAUCAUUUAUCUGUAUAUCGUUGAAAAAACAUAUCAUAUAAAUACUGAGCAGGGUCAAAAUCAUAUUUUUUUAGCUAUAAUUAGAUAUAAAUACUCUAAUACAAAAUAUAACAAUUUUCGAACAACUCUUAAUUUCUAAUAUGCGAUAUUACGCUUUAAUGUAGGCUAAUAAAUAUGCCCUAUUAUUACUUUUCCAUGUACAUAAUAAUCAUCUCACAUUGACUGUCAUUUUAUAUGCAAUUUAUUAUCUUUACAUUCGAAUCAAUUUUGUUUAGAACGAUAGUUUAAGCAUUUGUAUAUAGUUUCAACAUUUUCAUGCAAUAUCUUUAUAGUGU